CUUGUCCCGAUAAAGUCACGUGAUAGGUUGGCCAGUUGCGUUUCCUGUUGUCGGUUCAGUUUUAUUUAUUGUUUUUGCUGCUAACGAAUCACUUAGUGGUUUAUGUAUCAAGUUGAAUUGUUUGGGAGCGAUAUUUUCGUUUAUUAAACUCACCUAAACUGACCUCCUAAGGUUAAAUUUAGCUGAUGUUAGCAUGUUAGCUAUCGUCUGUCGCGGUAACAACUGACUCUUGUACCUGUCUUUUAUAGGGAAAUAUUCAGCGCGUUUCACCUUGACUUCAGAAAAUAACCUCUGUAUAUAUUGAGUUUAUUUGCUCAGACUAUGGCCAGCUUGCUUUCAGUGCAGUGUGCGGCUUCUUUGAAGAAAUCUGGGAAUGUGAUUCAUUUAAGGAGAGCGGCGGUGAGGAUUCAUUCCCGGGAAUACAGCAGCAGAAAAACCACCUCUUCAGAGUAUUUACAUGAAAGCGUCGUCCCAUCGAUGCAUUACCAGAAGAGUUUACCCAGACUACCCAUACCAAAGCUGGAGGAUACUAUCAGGAGGUAUUUAGCUGCCCAGAAGCCUCUGUUGGAUGAGGACCAGUUCAGAACAACAGAGAAAACUGCUCUGGAUUUCCAGGCCGGUGUGGGGAAACAGCUGCACGAGGAGCUGGUGACUCAGGACAAGAACAACAAGCACACAAGCUACAUCUCCGGUCCGUGGUUCGACAUGUAUUUGUCUGCUCGGGACUCUGUGGUGCUGAACUUCAACCCCUUCAUGUCCUUCAAUCCGGACCCGAAGCAGGACUACAACGAGCAGCUGGUGCGGUCCACCAACAUGGUGUGUUCUGCGGUGCGCUUCAUGAAAACACUGCGAGCAGGAUUACUGGAGCCGGAGGUUUUCCAUCUGAACCCAGCAAAGAGCAACACAGAUAGAUUCAAGAGCCUGAUCCGCUGGGUCCCGUCCUCUCUGUCCUGGUACGGAGCCUUCAUGGUGAAUGCUUACCCUCUGGACAUGUCUCAGUACUUCCGACUCUUUAACUCGACUCGUAUUCCUAAACGUGGGCGAGACGAGCUCUUCACUGAAGAGAAAGGCCGACAUCUGCUAGUCAUGAGGAAAGGAAACAUGUAUGUGUUUGACAUUGUUGACAGAGACGGGAAUCUGGUGAAGCCUGCAGAGAUCCAGUCCCACCUGAAGUUCAUUUUGUCCGACUCAGCGGCGGCGGCGGCAUUUCCUCUGGGCGUGCUGACCAGCGAGAACAGGGACGUUUGGGCCGGGCUGAGAGACAAGCUGAUAUCAGCUGGAAACUCAGAGGAUUUACGCCUCGUAGACAGCGCCCUCUUCUGUCUGUGUCUGGAUGACGAGAGCAUGCGGGACCACAUUCACAUCUCCCACAACAUGCUGCACGGAGACGGCUGCAACCGCUGGUAUGACAAGUCCUUCAGCAUCAUUGUGACCAAAGAUGGACAGGCAGCCAUCAACUUUGAGCACUCCUGGGGUGACGGCGUGGCCGUCCUCCGCUUUCAGAACGAGAUCUUUAAAGACACGACGGAGAAGCCGCUGGUCCACCCAGGUUCUGACCCUGCUGCUGUUGACUCUGCCUCGGCUGUACGCCGACUUCACUUCAAUCUGGACGCUGAGCUGCAGCAAGGCAUCAAAAAGGCCAAGGAGAACUUCAACUCAGCCGUGUCCAGGCUCACCAUCGAUGCCAUACAGUUCCAGAGAGGCGGGAAGGAGCAGUUAAAGAAGAGCAAGCUGAGUCCAGACGCUGUUGCCCAGCUGGCCUUCCAGAUGGGAUUCCUGAGGCAGUACGGCCAGACCAUAGCCACCUACGAGUCAUGCAGCACUGCCGCGUUCAAACAUGGCCGCACAGAGACCAUCAGGCCGGCCACCAUGCACACCAAAUGCUGCUCACACGCCUUCGUUUUCCAGCCUGACAAACACAGUGUGGAGGAGCUGCGUGGCCUGCUGAAUGACUGCUCCACAUGUCACGGUCAACUCACCAAGGAAGCAGCCAUGGGUCAAGGAUUUGACCGUCACCUGUUUGCCCUGCGCUACCUGGCCUGCUCUAAGGGACAAGCUCUGCAUGGCCUGUACACUGACCCAUCCUAUGCCGCCAUCAACCACAACGUCCUCUCUACCAGCACCCUCACUAGUCCGGCCGUCAGUCUGGGGGGCUUCGCCCCUGUAGUGCCUGACGGGUUUGGCAUCGGUUACGGUGUCCACGACGACUGGAUCGGCUGCAACGUGUCCAGCUAUCCAGCUCGCAACGUCCAUGAGUUUCUACAGUGUGUCCACAAGUCUUUAGAGGACAUUUUCAGUGUUGUGGAGGGGAAGCCUCUUAGUUAACUGGGGAAGGCGUCAACCACAGCCUCAUUCGUGGAUUUCAAUUAACUCAGAUUCACAUCGUCUGUACUUGAGGAAAAGCAGAACUUCCAUUUUUAAUUUUUAUUAACAAUGUUGGACGUUCUGCAGGUAUGCAGUAGGUCAGGGGUGUCAAACGCUGGUCCUUGAGGGCAGGUAUCCUGCAGGUUUUCGUUGUUUCCCAGAUCCAACACACCUGACUGAAAUUAAUGGGUUAAUCCAUUUGAUUUUAUUCAGGUGUGUUGGAGCAAGGAAACAACUAAAACCUGCAGGAUAGCGGCCCUUCAGGACCGGAGUUUGACACCCCUGCAGCAGAUGAUGCUUUGCCUUGUCAAAAUAAUGUGAAGAUGAAGUAGAACCUGUAAAUUGCCUUGUAUUGAAUGUAUUUUGGAAUAAAACUUAAGAUCGUGUCAUCUUCAA